CUGCUCGGGCGCGGCGCCGACCCGACUGCCCGACUUCUAGGUGGCUGGACGGCCUUACAUUUCGUCCCUCAUUUCCUCACUCGAGACAAUCAGGAUCCUGACGCAAUCCAGGCGUCUCUAGAAAUGGUCGAGCUACUUUUGGCAGCUGGUGCACACGUCGACGCUCAGAACUCGGAAGGUCACACGCCUCUCCACCUCUGUUGUUUAAAUGGCUGCAGUGAGCUGGUGCGCCAGUUGCUGCGACACGGGGCUGAUGACCGUCUUGGUUACCGUCAUGAUGAAGUAUCGGUUGAUGCAUUGGCGGUGGCGACGGUUCAAUACGAUGAAAACCCGAGUCCGCCG